AUGAUUCCCACUCGGUGUCUAGCUGCGCAAGGCAACUUCUUCAGGCGCAGCGCCGAGGAAUUUGGCCGCCUCUCGAAGAUCGCCUGGAACACAGAGGCCCUCCACACUCCUACCAAACCAUACACCCUUCUCAAUUUUGAAGAUGAGCGAACCGUCUCCGACUGCAAGACUUUCGCCGAUCGCGCCGUCGGUGGUUUCAGCACCGCCGAGCUAGACUACGAACCAGCAGACCCCUCCUCCAACACACCGGCCCACGUUCGCUUCCAUGGCAGCAUUUCUACAAAGCUCCCAGAAAAUUGGCGCGUAGAGCGGACUGGAUAUGCCGCAUUCCGCAACAAAGACCGCGGCCUCUGGCUCUUUGGCCGUCUCUUCUGGGACGUCGAUCCAUAUGCCUAUCUCGCGCUCCGCAUCAAAUCCGACGGCCGCCGAUACACCGUGAACAUCCAGACAGAGUCUGUCGUUGAGACCGAUAUUCACCAACACCGAUUAUAUACCCGACACCACCGCAUGCAAGACAGCUCGCCAAUCUUAGAUCAAGCAUUGCACGCGAAGUCAUCUGAAGACGCCGAGGCAGUGGAAGAAUUGUACCCCAAGGGCAUUCCCUCGGCGCUUUCCGACAUUCCCCCUGAAUCCAUCAUAUCCUCGGCUUCUAGCACAACUACCUCCGGAUCAACAGGCUGGGAGACGGUACUUUUACCAUUUAACGCAUUUGUCCGAACGAAUCACGGAUAUGUAGUCGAGCCACAGACUUCUAUCAUUCGCCAGCGGGUAAAGAGUAUUGGUAUCGGUCUCACGGAUCGUAUCGAAGGGCCCUAUGAUUUGCGUAUUCACAAAAUCUGGGCUACUAAUGGCAUGGGCGAGGCAGAUAUCGAGGAAGAGCGUCGGAUCUGCGGCGCAGACGCAUUGCCGCUCGAUGAAGGUGUUCAGUCUGCUUGGAUUGACUCCCCGCAUCGAGCUGAGACGCAGAGCCCGAAGAAGACCGAGACAAAAGAAAAGGGUCUGAAGGGUCUCCGGUCGGAGUGGGAGGAGUGA